AUGGCUCACAUCCUUGGCCAGGCUAAACAGUAUAAAGACUCCAAAUGGACCACUUUGAUCAAGCCGGCAUCCAUAUACAUUAAUGCCCAGCUUGUAUUUCCGGAGCUGCAGGUUUGCGAAGCUGACCCAUCCUCUGGCUCUGAGCCCGUCAUCCACCUUUACACAAUGAUGGAUCUCACUGAUUGCGGGUCUAACGAGACUUUUCAGAAGAUAUUCCUGACUUUUAAAGAAGAGGACAAUGGUGCCGAUGUUUAUACUACCGUCGAGUGCAGUAAGCUACUUGCACGCGACGGGAGCGAAGCACCUGUAGAUAAGAAGAUCAACCUAUUUAAGUCUAUAUUGGCGUCCGCAACGCACAUCAAGGCAGACUUAACCAAGCCUUACGUUUCUUCUCUUCCUGCUCCAUACGGGCUUCCGCAGUCUUACGAUUUUGCUAAGGAGUAUUCUGCCAUCAGCGUCUUCCUUGGCCGGGAUGAGGGUCGAAAUCGUAUCGGUGAAUAUGCUGUUCUAGCACUAGCAUCAGGGUCGGCACUGGAAGAGAAGGGGCUCAAAUUUGGAACGGGCAGAGUGCCAUCGGCGUACCUUUCAGCACACUGGCUCGUUGUUGAUGUGGGGGAAUCAGGAACAACGGCGAUCCCAAUACUGCCAGAUCUAAUCUUUGAAAUACUAGCUGAUGAGCGGCAGUUUUCGAUAGCUUUACCAUAUACGGCACUCAGCCAGCAGGCCACUAAGGCAAAAUUCCUUCCUCUAGCAUUCGUCUUUUCUGAGGGGGCAGAAUUUCAGGAGUUUUCUGAGAACUUUGCAAAGUACUUUUCACUUGCGGCCCGCAAGGAAGCCGGCUACAAGAUAGAUGCAAAAGACGCCCAAGACGACAACCAGUUUGUUUCGACGGCGUUCUGCCCACAACGGAAGCCGAGGAAGUCUUCGAAGAGUGUUCCAAUCGUUGAGGCAAAUAGUGAUAGCGAUGACUGCAGCGAUGUUGAAUCUAUGGACGGCCAAGCGGGUGGCAACGGGAUCAUGAAGACCCCCUUAGAGAAAGUAGAGCCCGGGAAGAUGGAGGCAGGCUACUUAGACCCUAAACUCUUAAACUAUAAGGAUCCAGCGCAUAGCAGCGCACUUCUGAAGAACCAUCUGGUGGCACAGUUCUUGUUUCAAGGCUCAACGGCAGUGGUGUCUCGAGACGAUGCCCUCGAGCUCUGCCAUGUUCAGCCAAAGUUGCGCACCGAAUCCCUCCAGCUCAGAGACAAGUUUGGGAGCAUCCUUGCACCGGGGGCUCUGCGCUUUGGCACGAAUGUCGAGUGUCUAUUAUCCACUAGCCUUUCGUGCCCGGAGGAUCAGAGAGACAUAAUUUACAGAAAGGACUUCCAGCGGCCGGAUGCGUUGCAGUACUACACGGCGACGGACACAGGCAUAGACUAUCAUCCUGAAAUUGUAGACUUCGACACAGGAAAGGCUGGAGCCAGUAGUGUUGGCGCAUGCUCCAUAGACCCGUCGAACGCCAUCGUUGUCCUGACAAAGAUGGGUGUGCAUAUGCUUGACACGCGGAUAGCAGGGAGCUCGCAGCGCUCUGGCGUGUCGUACUCGUACAAGUCCAGUGUACGCUUCUCCGCCAUUUUGGUCACUCCGAAGGGCCAUGUGGUCACAGGGUCCAUGGCGGGGGAGAUACGCAUAUUCAACAAAAUGGGGCAGCGUGCUCUAACAUGCUACCCGGGGAUAGGUUACCCCAUUACUCAUCUGGCAAUUACAGGGGAUGAGAAGUGGUUGCUGGCGACUGCCCAGACCAUUCUGCUAGUAUACCCCACGACUACGGCUGACGGGGAGCACUCGUGCUUUUCGGGGCAUGGAAUCCCAGGCGACAAGCGACCAAAGCCGAUUAUCUUGCGUCUUUCUCCAGAGACUGCUCAGGAGAUCGGCGCAACAACUGAGUCUGGCCUCAGGCCUGCGACCUUCUCCCUAGAUGAGGCAGAGAUAAUCACCGGAACGGAGAAGUACCUAAUAAUCUGGAACUUCGACAAGGUGAAGGCCGGGGUUGUGAGCUCCAGCCGGGCGUGCACCAAGAUCGCCCUCGGCAGCCAGCUGAUCGGCGCCGGGAUGGGGGUCCUGGGGCAGAUAGCCGUUGGAACGGACAGCGACUUCCGCAUCGUCAAGCACGCCCGUCGAACCCGGAAAAGGUAA